UCUAGUGAGCGUUUGCUAAAUGAGAAGUGUUUGUGUUGAAGCAAAAUGGGAAGACUGUGUGAUUUGGGCAUUCGGAUUGUUUUGGGUUUUCUAGGGUUCGCUGUUGUCUCAACUCAAGCUCAACUUGAGAUGGGUUAUUAUUCAAAGAGUUGCCCAAAAGCCGAAAGUAUUGUGAGAAAGUUUGUCGAAGAUCACAUCCGCAAUGCUCCAUCCGUAGCCGCCGCACUACCGAGGAUGCACUUUCAUGAUUGCUUCGUUAGGGGUUGUGAUGGUUCGGUGCUUUUGAACUCUACUUCGAGCAACCAAGCAGAGAAAGAUUCUAUUCCAAAUUUCACUCAGACAGGCUACGACUUCAUUGAUCGAGUGAAGAGCCUUCUUGAAGCUAAAUGCCCUGGAAUCGUCUCUUGUGCGGACAUCGUAGCUCUGGCCACGAGAGAUGCAAUUGUCGCCACUGGAGGUCCAUUCUGGAGAGUUCCUACUGGGAGAAGAGAUGGAGAUAUUUCAAGGGCAUCAGAAGCAUUGAGCUUACUCCCUGCUCCAUCCUACAAUUUCACCACUCUCCAGAUAAUUUUCGCCAAUAUAGGACUUGAUCUUAAAGACUUGGUUUUAUUGAGCGGAGCUCACACGAUUGGUGUAUCUCACUGCUCGGCUUUCCGCUACCGGCUAUACAACUUCACCGGCGUCGGGGAUCAAGACCCGUCCUUGGAUAGCGAGUAUGCGGCGAAUCUCAAGGCCAAGACAUGCAGGAACCCGAGUCACAACUCCAUCGUGGAGAUGGAUCCGGGCAGCCACGGAACCUUCGACCUCAGCUACUAUAGACUUGUGCUUAAGAGGAGAGGCCUCUUUGAAUCGGAUUCUGCUCUCACCACCAGUCCCGUUACCAAGCUCUUCAUCAGACAAAUCCUUCAAGGGUCACUUGACGACUUCUAUGCUCAAUUUGCCUUGGCAAUGGAGAAGAUGGGCCGGAUCAACGUGAAGAUCGGGUCGGCGGGUGAGAUAAGAAAGCACUGCGCUCUGGUGAAUAGCUAAAAACUAAAGGGUAUAAUCCGUGUUCUCACUUUUCUUCAAUAUAUUGCAUGUUACUGGCAGAAUGUCAUCAAUUUUCUUGGUAAUAAAGGUUAUGAGCCUUUCAAGAUACCAAGCU